AUGGACCGGAUCCUGAACCUCUCAGGGAUUCCAGACCUAAAAAAGCCCAACAGCGUUCUCCUCUCGGGUGGCAUCGUGGCAGUCGCCGGGCAGUUUAAAGGAUGGCAGUUUGGUGCGUACUCCAUAGCGGCCGGCGUGUUCGUCUCCCUCCUGGAAUACCCGAGAAGUAAGAGGAAUGGACAGAAGUACAUGACGGCCGUGGUGAAAGUGUUUGGACCCCUGACACGCAAUUAUUAUGUCCGUGCAAUACUGCAUUUUAAUAUGGCGGCACAUUGUCAUGGGUUGCAGUUGGCCGUCCCCGGAGGGUUUAUCCUGGCCACAAUCUUGGGCACCGUGUGUCUCGGCAUUGCAGCCCUCAUCUACCUUCUGGCAGCGAUUCGCGGAGAGGAAUGGCGUCCCAUCGAAGUCCGAGAAGAACCCAAGCUGAGGGUGGCGGAGACCAUUAAGCGCCCGCCGGAGAACCCCCCUCCUCGUCCUCCGCCAGAGGUGCGCAGGAAGCAAGCGGAUGAGGGUCAUGUCAACCCCAUCGCCGUCCAGGAUGAAGUAUGAUGCCCCCUCCCCCAACGUAAUCGCCUGAUGCUGCCCACUGAAAGGACUGGUUACUACCGCUCGGUUCUGUGGUCAUGU